UUCGCCGAGACCUCCUACUACUUCGAGGGAGGGCUGCGCAAGGUGCGGCCCUACUACUUCGACUUCCGCACCUACUGCAAGGGCCGCUGGGUGGGUCGCAGCCUCCUCCACGUCUUCAGCACCGAGUUCCGCGCCCAGCCCCUCGCCUACUACCGCGCCGCCGCCCGCGCCGGCCGCCUCCGCCUCAACGAGGAGCCCGUGCGCGAUCUGGACAUCGUGCUCAAGAAUAAUGAUUUCCUCAGGAAUACAGUGCAUCGCCAUGAGCCGCCGGUCACUGCUCAGCCUAUCCAGAUCUUGGUGGAGAACGAUGAGGUGGUGGUUGUGGACAAACCCUCCUCUUUGCCAGUACAUCCCUGCGGCAGGUUUCGUCACAACACAGUCAUCUUCAUCCUAGGCAAAGAGCAUGAUCUGAAGGAGUUGCAUACCAUUCACCGACUCGAUCGCAUGACCUCAGGAGUACUUAUGUUUGCCAAGACCAUAGAGGUAUCCAAGAGGAUCGAUGAGCAGGUUCGGGAGAGACAGCUGGAAAAGGAGUAUGUCUGCCGUGUGGUGGGGGAGUUUCCAGAACAUGAAAUGGUCUGUGAAGAGCCCAUCCUGGUUGUUUCUUACAAAGUGGGAGUGUGCCGUGUGGACCCCAAAGGGAAAUUCUGCAAAACCAUCUUCCACAGACUCAGUUACAAUGGCAAGACCAGCGUAGUCAAGUGUCUUCCACGUACUGGCCGCACGCACCAGAUCCGUGUCCAUUUGCAGUAUUUGGGGCAUCCUAUUGUCAAUGACCCCAUCUAUAAUAUGGAAGCUUGGGGCCCUGAGAGGGGAAAAGGUGGCAAGAUAGAUAAAACAGAUGAAGAACUCCUUAAGGCGCUGGUAGAGGAGCAUCGUUCCAAACAGAGCCUGGAUAUCUUGGGUAUUUCGGAGGAGGACUUGAACUCCAGUGCUGAAGAUAAAGACUGUGAUAAUUCAAGUGACUGCACAAAGUCUGCACAGGCUGAUCCUAUAAAUGAGAACUCCUGCCCUGCUGAGGACACUAAGGAUUCUGAGAAAAAUGACAUAACAGCUUGUCCACUGAACUCUGAUACCAACCUGGAAAUGCUUGAAAAAAAUAAAGAACUCUGUUCAUGUGAGAAACAGGAUGGGCAAACAGGAGAAAAGAGUUCAGAAGAGAAGGACCCUUUAUGCGUGGAGUGUAAAAUUACAAGGCGGGACCCGUCCCCCAAGGAACUGGUGAUGUACCUACAUGCCUUGCGCUAUAAGGGAGCAGAGUUUGAGUAUUGCUCCAAGAUGCCUGAGUGGGCAAUGGAGGAUUGGGAGGAAUGA